AUUUUGGUGGAACAUGUAACGAAUGUCGUUGUUGUGAUCGUCUUGGAGUUGGUCACAUGAAUAGAUACUGAUACGGUUCCAUUGAAAAUAUUCAAUAUCUACAAAUCUACAAACAUCAUACAAGAAUGAUAGAGCAAAGCAAGAAAGCGCGAAGAUUCGUUCUUCCAGCCGACGGGACCCCAAAGACCGAUCCAAACAACCAAACAGAGGAUAUUAAGGCGUAUCCUCAGCCGUCGCCUUCCGACGAUGGAACCACCGAAACCCAGCCCUAUCGCUACAUAAGAUACGAAAAUGCCGAAUCCGCGUAUUUUCCUGAGUCUGCUAUCCCGCUCGACACCCUUGUGUGGGUUCUCCUGAGCAAGGGCAAGUCCAAGGUCCCGCAGCUCUACACGAGAGCAAGGGUGCACUGCGCCGAACCCGACGCAGAGGGGCGCAUCCAGGUGCGGUAUCCGAGCGGAUCGACGUACCGCGUAAGGAGAAAAAACCUCGUGCCCGUCUUUGAGGAACUGGAGGGAUUGAUCGUGGUGGCCGCGGAAACCAACGAUUACCGCCGCAUGUCGAUUGUGCACACCCGGAAAGAAGAUCAUUUCAUAGGUGAGUACGUGUAGCCAUGAAGCUUGUUUGUCAUUUUCAACUGAGGCAUCGCUUUCAUCUUGUAGAUUUUAAUAUCCUCAUGUAGAAUAAUGUUCAAUACUUUCGGACCAUGUUGUUACCAAUAACUACGAUAGAAAUUGGUUGCGACUAUGGUAUACUGGUCGAUAGCGUCGACGCCAAAAGCACCCUGGGGAUUGACAAAAGCGAGGAGUCCAUCGACAUUGCAAACGAAAGAUAUCCAAACGAAACAUUCUUGUUAGGCGAUGUUUUCGAAGACGAUUUGGACGUUGUCCCCCAGAACCCCCUGGUUGUAUCCAUCGAUAUUAACGGAAAUAGAGAAUUGCAAGCGGUAUUGAAGUGCAUACAGCUCGUGUUGGACUCGUGGUCGCCGAGGCUAAUAAUGGUAAAGUCGCGAGCACUGCAUGCAAAAAUGGUAAAUGAGGGCAUGGAUUGAUGUGCCGGUUUAUGUCGGAUUACGAAAU